AGUCUGGACUCUGUGGCUCAAAUAAAGCUAAAAGAUGGCUGUGUUUGUGUUACGCUUUCACUUCCUACAUUCGCGAAGGAUCUAUUAAAUAUUAUGAAUUUGAAUUAACUGCAUAUUCAUUUAGUCAUUUCUAAUAUUUUGACUAUAUGCGUUAAUUGAUAGCUGUAAUCUAUCUUUGUUUCAUUACAAACUCAAAGAACAUCUGUCAAACUCAAGUAUAAUUUCAUACGAUUCACAUUUCACUGAGUGCCUACAAUAUAUGUAUAGCGUGGACUGUAGUAACAUAAUAAAACAUACCUUCACAAGAAUCGUGUCACUGUUUUAAUGGAAAAGGAUGCCUGUUAAAGUAGAUAUUACUCCACCCCCGCCAGCUAACUCCAAACAGCCGGGAGUAACUAAAUCUCUUCUCUACAACGGCUCAAAGUUUCAAGGGCAUCAGAAAUCCAAAGGAAAUUCGUAUGAAGUCGAAGUUGUGCUGCAGCAUGUCGACGAAGAGAAUUCGUAUCUUUGUGGUUAUUUAAAAAUAAAAGGACUGACAGAGGAGUUUCCAACUUUGACAACAUUCUUUGAUGGAGAAAUAAUAUCAGCCAAAUAUCCGUUUCUAACAAGAAAGUGGGAUGCAGAUGAAGAUGUUGAUAGAAAACAUUGGAGUAAGUUUGAGUUAUUUGUCCCAUAUUUGAAGACAUUUAACUCUGAUUCAUUUGACUAUGAAUCUUUAGCAAAGGCUGAUUAUGUGUUUAUGAGGUGGAAAGAACACUUCUUAGUUCCAGACCAUACAAUAAAAGAUAUUAAUGGUGCUUCAUUUGCUGGUUUCUAUUAUAUAUGUUUUCACAAAUCAGCGGCAACAAUAGAAGGUUAUUAUUAUCACAGAAGUUCAGAAUGGUUCCAAUCGCUGACAUUAAGCCAUGUUCCUGAACACAGUAUCCAAAUUUAUGAAUUCAGAUGAAACAUCUGUAGUUUGUGGAUGGUUGGAAUAUUUUAAGAGUACAUAAAUGUUCUUUUAAAGUUUUACUCGGAAACCUGCUUAGAUAUGUAAAGAAAGAUAUGUUCUCCUGCAAUUGUAGUAUCGCUAUUGAUCAAUAAAUAAUAUUACUUUUGACAUAUGAACAAUAUUUAAACCUGUCCUUGCAUAUACUUUUAAUUUGUAUAAUUUUAUCCAUAAAAUCAGUAGUCAACAUGUUUUAUAUUAAUAUUGCAUAUAAUCAAAGUGGAGGGAGUGUAGUAGGGCUUUUUAAUAAGCACUAUUUGGAAAUUAUUGCAAAUGUUGCCAGCUAUUAAUCAACUAUAAUUGUGAUAUAAUGUACAAAUCAUUUGCAUAUAAGUUAAGUGUUUUUGAUUAGUUACUUUGUAGACUGUUCUUUAAUUAUAGAAGAGGAGUUACCUAUUUUUAUAGUGUGUGCAAGUACAGGAUUGUAUGGUAUGAACAAGUAUAAUAUAUUUGUAUUGUAGAUUAUCCAUUAUCUGUUAUCAGAGAAUUGACUAUUUUUUUUUUCAAUAAAAUGACUUAACAUAA